CCUGGUCCGCCCCGUCUGAGGCGGGACCCUCCAGAAAACUCCAAGCCGCGCCGGGUCUUGAGCUCCACUCGCCACUGCACCCCCUGACGUGAGAGCGCUCUCAUCCAGCCCGCUUGGACGCCCUUCACCGUCACCACAGCUGCUCAGAAUGGCCAACAGGGGACCUUCUUACGGCCUGAGCCGAGAGGUGCAGCAGAAGAUCGAGAAGCAGUACGACACGGAUCUGGAGCAGAUCCUGAUCCAGUGGAUCACCACUCAGUGCCGCAAGGACGUGGGCCAGCCCCAGCCUGGGCGAGAGAACUUCCAGAACUGGCUCAAGGACGGCACGGUGCUGUGUGAGCUCAUUAAUUCACUAUAUCCUGAGGGGCAGGCCCCAGUAAAGAAGAUCCAGGCCUCUACAAUGGCCUUCAAGCAGAUGGAGCAGAUCUCUCAGUUCCUGCAGGCAGCUGAGCGCUACGGCAUUAAUACCACGGACAUCUUCCAGACUGUGGAUCUCUGGGAAGGAAAGAACAUGGCUUGUGUGCAGCGGACACUAAUGAACCUGGGUGGGCUGGCAGUAGCCAGGGACGAUGGGCUCUUCUCUGGGGAUCCCAACUGGUUUCCUAAAAAAUCCAAGGAGAACCCUCGGAACUUCUCAGACAACCAGUUGCAAGAGGGCAAGAAUGUGAUUGGGUUGCAGAUGGGCACCAACCGUGGAGCAUCUCAAGCUGGUAUGACUGGCUAUGGGAUGCCACGGCAGAUUCUCUGAUCACACCCCCUUCAUCCCCCACCCUCCACGAAUGGUUAAUAUAUAUGUAUAUAUAUGUUUUAGCAGACAUUCCUUGAGAGCCCCUGGAUUGCUAAACUCCCCUCUGCCAGGGUGGGGUCCAACCUAUCUUGUCACCGCUGGCAGUGCCUGAUAAUUGCUCCCCCCCUCCCUCUCUCUCUGGGCUUACUAAUGCAUUCCUUCCUCCACAACCAUCAAAACUGGACCAACGAAAACCCUGGGACCAAAGCCUCCUUCCCCCGGGCAUGUUUCUGCUUUCAUGACCUCUUCUUUAAGUCCGUCCCUUGGCUAGGAGGUCAGAGAUCCUGCCCUGUGGCCCGAUGCUGCACUGACCAUUCCUUCUACAAGGAAGCCUCUCCUACAGCUGUGGCUGCAGGAACUUAAUUUAUAGGGAGGGGCCUGUGGCUGUCACUCCAGCCACAGCUGGGCUGUACUUACCACAUGUCUGGGCAGCUUUCCCUAGCAGAGGCCCUUUGGCCCCCUACUUUCCAUUCCUGUCACUGUGGCUGAGGGGUGGAGCAGAGGCAGAAGAGCUACCCACCAUGGUCUGGGCUUGAGGAACACGAGUUUGCUGAUCUUAAAUAAAAAAAUCUCAUUUUUUGAAUGGA